AUUUAGUUAGUGUGCAACCACAACAAGCGGCUGGAAAUAGAACGCAUCCUCAACAAGGACAAAAAUACGUGGUGGGUUCACCACAAAACUUGGUUUUUAAACGCCUCAUUCUAACAUCAAACUACACCAACCAACCCCACUUUCUCUCUGAUUUCCAGCGUUUCCUCCUUGUUCCAUAUCUUCCAUCUUCUUAUCUUGCUCCUCUCUCUCUCUCUCGUUUUCUUCCUUUUUGUCUCCCUUCACAGUUCAGAUUGUUAGUUUGAAGCCAGUUUGGAUCUCUUAUUGUCCUACCUGGAGCUUGGUGUUGGUAGCUGCAGUCUGUUUUCGUUUCCAGUUGCUUGAAUUCCAUCCUCUUCGAUUUGGCGUUUUGGCUUUUACGGGGUUAAUUUGGGUAGCACAAGGCUUGAAAGGAUCCUGGUUUGGGCUUUGAAGGUUGUGCUUCUUCCUGGCAACUAGAAGUUGGAAAUGGGAGGUGUCGCGGGAAAGCUUGAAUCGCCAGAAAUGGUAUGGGUACCAGAAACAAAACUAGAAGCUAAAAUGGUUGAAGCUAUGCAGCGAAGGGCAUCUAAAGGAACUGCAAUGAAAUCCUUUAACAGCAUAAUCUUAAAGUUCCCAAAAAUUGAUGAGAACUUAAGGAAGUGCAAAGCUAUUUUUGAGCAGUUUGAUGAGGAUUCAAAUGGUGCAAUUGAUCAUGAAGAGCUGAAAAAAUGUCUCAACAAGCUUGAAGUUUCUUUCACAGAGGAGGAGAUAAAUGAUCUCUUUAAUGCAUGUGAUAUCAAUGAGGAUAUGGGAAUGAAAUUCAACGAGUUCAUUGUACUUCUUUGCCUUGUCCAUCUUUUCAAGGACAAUGCUGCAUCACUUGAAGCUAAAUCAAGGAUGGGAAUGCAAAAUUUGGAGGCCACGUUUGAAACUUUGGUUGAUGCAUUUGUGUUCUUGGACAAGAACAAGGAUGGUUAUGUUAGCAAGAAUGAGAUGGUUCAAGCCAUAAAUGAAUCAGGGGAGCGUUCCUCUGGACGAAUAGCCAUGAAAAGAUUUGAAGAGAUGGACUGGGAUAAAAAUGGAUCAGUGAAUUUCAAGGAAUUUCUUUUUGCAUUUACACGCUGGGUUGGGAUCGAUGACAUGGAAGAUGAGGAAGAAGAAGAGGAAGGGAGGGUCUGAGUCAAGAUAUGAUGAGCCAUGGCUGGUACUUGCUCCUGUCUUGGUUUUCGCCCAGUAAUAAUAAGUAUAUCCAAGUUGACAACAGAAACAUGCAGGAUCAUAGUAAGUUGGCUUCAUUCCUUAGAAUCUUCAAUGUUAAUAGUCUCAAAUAAAGAUGAUGAAGGAGCUUGUAUCGUGCUUUGCUUGACAAUUAUGCAACUAUUGUCUGAGGCUAGGAUUUUCCAUUACUUUGGUUUUUAUGUAUCCUUAUUUCAAAACAAUCCGCCCUCCUGAUUCACUGCA